CCCGCCAGUCCAUGUCGCCGCCCCGACCAGUCACCACCGCUGCGCCGACGUGACCACACGCGCGGCCUCAUGCAGCGCUCCAUUGAAGAAAUUAAAAGAAGAUUAUUGACGUGCACAGACCAAGAUUAUAAUGUCACAGAUAUGGCAGCCUGCCUGGACCUCAUCAGCAAGCUGGAGAGGACACCUAUUACAAAGGAGGUCCUGGAGGUGAGGAUUUUAUUAAGCUGCUUUUUUCUUGAGCAAAUAUUUUAUUCAUGGUCCACCCGACUAGGACGUCAUAUCAACAAUAUUCGUCGAAAGACAAACCAUCAAGAGCUUUAUCGGCGUUCCAAGGAUCUAGUGCGCAAGUGGCGUAAAGAAGUGCUGGCAGAUGGAGUAAAUGGGGCAGCUGGGCCAGGACCUGGACCUGGCGGGACGGGGUCUGGUGGGUUGGGUGCAAAAGGGGCAGGUAAUGGGCAUCCUCCAACCUCACCAUCUUCCUUACCGUCCAGUGGCAACACAAGUCCAGGAAUGUCUGCCCCCACCACUCCCUCCACCUUGGUCCAAAGGACUCGCACAGCUUCCCCUACCCUAACCACUGCCCACUCAUCCCGCCCACUUAAGCCCACAUCUCCUGCCUUACCUCGGGGACGUGUAUUGAGUCCAGGGAUGUGCCCUGCUCUGGUGGCUGUUUCACCAACUAUAACACCCCCUUUAGCAACACAUGCUCGCCCACGGUCCCGCCCUCAUUCUCCUUCAGUCAAUCUCAAUAUGCGGCAGCCACCCAGAGCAGAUGCUUCUUCCUAUGCUCCAGGAACUGAAAAUGUAGCAAAAACUAAUACAGCUAACAAAAGAUUAAGAAAAGAUGAGGAAGACUCUAGUAGUGAUAUUCCUGUUGCCAAGCGACCUAGAAAUAAUGUGACGAAUGGUUUCGAUGAUGACAGUAGAGACAGUUUUUCCAGUGUAAUUAGCAAUGACUGUACUUCUAAAAUUACUAGUGGAGGUAGUGAUAGUAGUAAAAUGAGACGAAUAGCUAAUUCGAAUGCCAUUUCAAAGAGAAAACUAAACAUUAAUGAAAUGCCUCUUCCUACAAAUACCCCAGACCUCCUUCUCCAGAAAAUGGCUGCCCUUCCAAUAACCACUAAAGCCUCCAAAGUGAAAACAACUUCUCAAAUUGUUGCAGAACUUGCUGAACGAAAAGGUGAUAGUAAAUUGGCAGAAAGAGCAACAAAAUUGGAAGAACAACAUGUGCGGGACUUACCUGGUCCUGGAGCAACACUUGGUAUGGGUAGAGCGACUGAUAAUGCAGUAGUCACACGUAAUAAAAUGGACCAUUUGCAGCGCUUCCUCAGUUCACAACCAGGCCCUGCAUUCGAUGACUUUGUUGGUGUUGGUGAUGAGGAUAGAGGCUCAAUAUCUUCAGAAACAGAAGCCAGAGGAUCCACAAGUGCCCCAGUCUCUCCACCACUUGGGCCUACAGAUCUCCCUUUACCUAUCAUGACACCAAGUAACCUUGAUCUUCUUGGUGUUAUGGCUCAUGAAACUGCUGAAGAGAUUUUAGCCCGCCUUCCUCCAAUUGACGCUUCUAGUAUUGUAUGGGAUGAUCCCGAAGAACAAAUUUAUGUACAGGAACAGAAAGCUGAAAAUUAUAGUGGCAAUGAACAAAGUGAAUCUGAGGAUGAAAUUGAAAAAUUAGUGCGAAAAUCUGAAAAAAUUUCUCCAGAGGCGAUAAAUACACUUCAUACAACUAAUCUAGAUUGUCAGAAUGGUAAUUUUGAUAUGGACGGCAAGUUCAGAGAGUGGCACGAAGUAACUGUCAGAAAAGGCUACCAGGAUGAUCCAUUGAUAGUGUUGCCUUAUGUGAUAACUGACUUUUGAAACACACAGUUUACAAUGAAAAGUGGUGGCUAAGAAAUGUUAAGAGGCUACCUAGUUAUUAAAAAAUGUGGUUGUCAUUAACUUCAUUUUCCCAUACCAUAGAACCCAUUAGUCUGUUCCUUGUUAGUCUGUGUUUUCUGUGUGAUAUUAUUUUUUUAUUUUUAUUUUUACUUUUUUUUGUGGGAGGGGGUGAAGAUUUCCAAAAGUGUUGCUAUUUACGUUAAAAUAUACUUGAAGAGAAUGGCAUAAGUUGAUAUUGCUGACCUUGCUUAUGUUGCCUCAAUUUUAAUUUGAAGACGACCUGAAAAAAAUACAAGAAUUCUUAGGAUUAAGUGUAUACAGUGCCUAAAAGAACCAAGUGAACCAAGCUUUUAGUGUCCUCUGGAAAUAUCAGUGACAUGCAACCAGUCAUAUUUUAACAACUGCUAUAAUUACACAUUUAUAAACUUGUAUGCAAGCUGAUUUUCUUCAGGUGACUAAUAUCAUGGUUCAGUAAUUUCUAUUCAUCUAUUAUGAAGUCAUUACAGUUGCCUUCAGUAACUUUUCCAUAUCCUAACUGAAAAUAGUAUACCAUAUAUGUUUGAUCAAGUCAGUGAAGUGUAAACAUUCAGGGCUUAAACCUGAAUCUAGCAUUGUGUGGAAUUGCCAAAUCCAAGGUAUAUGAUGUUGGAGUUCCACUUGUGAGGGUAGGAUAGUCAUGUGUGAACCUAAAGCCUUUGUGGGUCAGUGGAAGCUCGAACAUUAUCAGUUAUCUCUACCACAAAGUUAGUGAUCAAAGGUUAUCUUUCAAUGUCCUGAAGAAUUUUAUAGUCUGUUGCAAAUGUACAAGCCCCUGGCAUAAUUAAAAGCUGAUCCCAUUUUACAAACUGUGAUAUUAAUUGCAUUGUUAUUUUUAAUGUUAAUCUAAUGAACAUGCUAUGGUAUCCUUGAGUUUCACGUGAAACAUCUUGGAGCUUGUAAUUCAAACAUUGUUCAUUAGAAGUUAGGUGUUUGGGAAAUUUAAGAUGGCUUUAUUUUUUAUUUUUUUUUCAUGCUUACAAAUGGGGCAUUAAUACAUCAGAGGCAAGAAAUAUAUCACUUAUAAAUUUUUUUUUUUUUAAUAUUUGUGGGUAUUAAACUUGGCUUAGGGUUCACUCCUCACCCACAAGUGCUAUGGAACUACACCUGAGCAUUAAGAGUAUUGUGCUUAAAUCUUGAUAACCAGACCAGCAGUUUGUCCUAAUUUCUUGAUUUACUCAUUUCUGCGGACUAUACGGUUGCGAAUAGUAAAACACUAUUAUUCGGACAGGCAGUCGCAGAAAGUCCUUACUUGUCAACCUCUAUACAAAUUAUAUAUUCUUAGUUUCCAACUCUGGCUGGUUGUUGUAUGUCUGUGAUGGAUGCAUAUGUCUCGAUGGAAAAUCUGUUAUGCAGAAGUUGAAGAGGUUAACUAUGCUCAUGUAUAUUGUCUUUACAUGCCAAAGAAUCAAUUUACAUGAUCUGUACACAGGAACCUUUGUUUUACAAGAAUAUUCUUCUCCCGUGAAUCAAUAGUUGCAUUCCUAUGUUGUGAAUUGAAAAAAAUUCUUCUGUUUAAUUUCAUGUUUCUAUGCUUCCUCUAUUUGACCAGCUAUUGCCUUAGGUCAGUUUCUGGACAUUGCAAUUCAUAGAAUGGACUUGAAGUUACAAUCUUUCAUGGGUUUUGAAAGUGCAAGAGUUUUUUAAAGCUAGGAGACAUUGUUUCAUAUUGGAAUUUACAUUUUUCUGGUAUUUUUUAAUGCCAAGUUCACAUCUUUGUCUUAAGCAUUUUAAAAAUUGUGAAGCUUUGUCUAUAUAUACCUUCACACUUUUCCUUGUGAAUUUUAUGAAGGUAAAUAUAGUGUAAUUUUGUUGAAAGCCAACUGUUUGAUACACUACAAUUCUUCCCCAUCUCUGAAUUUUAAGAAAUAUUCCUAAGUUAUACUCCUGUGUGAUCUGAUACAAUGAGUAGAUAGCAAUGUAUAUAUGAGACAUUUAAUUAGAUGCAUAACAUGGCCUGUACUAUGCAAAUGAUAAGUAGACCAAACCACUCCUCUCCCUUGCAUCUAACAGGUCCAUUAUCCUUCCUCCAAUUUGUGUUCAGUCAUUACGGUAAGAAAAUCUGAAAAUUUGCGCAUUUGUUAUUGUCAUUAAGGAUGAAUUCUUAUAGGUUUUGAAAAAACAUUUUCACUGCUUUAUUGUUCCUGAUAGAAUAUUAAAGUACUGCCAUGGAUAUAUAAUUAUAGUACAGGAAAUUAUAAAUCAGUUUUAAUGCUUUCUUUAUUGCCAUAAUUUUUUUACUGCCAUUUGCAAAAUAUUGUCCCUUAUGCCUUUUUGGGAAAUGAAAAGUUUAUUUCAUAAAAUAAUCUUACAGAAGUUGCUAAACAUGAUCUUAUGUAACCAAAGCUUGGCUACAGAUAACUUGUUCAUUGUUAAUAUAUACUGCCCCUGUUUUGUUUGGGUAUCUUGUAAACCAGUGACUGAAAUAAGAAUGCAAAUGUCCAUUACCACUCCAUUAAAUAUUAUGAUGUUAUUUGAUGUUUUGUAAUUUAUAGUUUUGUUGAAAAGAAUACUAUGGAUUCAUUCCUAUGAGAAUACAAGAAAAGUCCAAUAAAUUGAUAAUACUGUAAA